AUGAACAACCAAGAAGGGGUGGAUUGUGAGGUGGGAGGACAUUUUGUUGAUAAACUAACCGACAGUCCGGGCCCUCAACCCUCUAGUUCGCGAUCCCUCAAGUUCGGCAUGGACAGGAUCCUCUCAGAAGACAUCGCCCCUCCUAGGAGACCAUCUCAGUCUACCAACAAUCACUCAGAGGAGAGGUCAACUACUUCCAUGCCUCAAUGUUCAGAAUGCGUUAGUUCACUGUUACGGUGCUGCCGUCUAGGUGGAGACUCCCAGAACUACCUCAGACCCUUCUACCCCCACCCAGCCACUCUGCUGCAUACUCCUCGCCCCAUCAGGCCUUACACUAACCUGAUUCUGGAGAGUGAAGCACCAGAGAGGAGUCCGCUAGCUGCCAGCAACUCUGGAGGCAAGCGCAAGAGGUCCUGGUCCCGGGCGGUGUUCUCCAAUCUGCAGAGGAAGGGGCUGGAGAAGAGGUUCCAACUGCAGAAGUACAUCACCAAACCUGACAGACGACAACUAGCAGCCACCCUGGGGCUCACUGAUGCUCAGGUCAAAGUGUGGUUUCAGAAUCGCAGAAUGAAGUGGAGACACAGCAAAGAGCUUAAGUUCCAUUCUGGGAACUUCGCUUCUUCCGAGUCCCAAGAAAGUUACACUUCACCUUCUUUUUCGUCCAAUGUGCAUGAGCGAAACAAAUAA